AUGGAGGCCCGAAUCAUACCCUGCCAGCUACCUCCUGGUAUGGAGAUUGCCAUCCCGCCAGGAGGCGAGUUGCCUCCUCAGCAACCGAUGGGCACGUAUGGGAAGAAGCCGCUUCCGCCGCUGCCUCCUCUCCAACCAGGGUUAUCCCAUCAGCUUUCGGCCUACUCCAUCACUUCGGCCUUGUCGAUUGCAUCGGGGACAACCACGAGAGCAUCAUCGAGGUCACGAAGCCGUGGUAGAGCAACAGCGUCGCCGUCGCCGUCUCCUUCGGGGAACGAGGAGAUUGACAGGUUGCAGGAUGAAAUCAGCACAAUCCUUAUCCAGCACAGCCCGACGCCCGCACCAAAAAGGUUAUCCGAACAUCGAAGCUGCUCGCCUCGUAGCCGUAGACCAGAGCCCGAGAUGAGGAUAUUGGCUGCCCGACGCCUGUCCACUCCGAUCACAAGUCCUUGCACCCUUCACCGGUCGUCCGCAAAGAUCAAGCAGAUCACCGGGCUCGACCUUGACUACAACGGCUUCAAGCCAAAGCGGCCAGCACGAUCACCGAUAAGCUCAGGGCCGUUGUUACCCGCUACCCCCGACAACUCCAGUAGCGUCCACAGCGCGGAGAAGCCAGUCUCAACAUCAGAGCCAGCCCGGACGCUAAGUAUGAUUGACGAUUACGACGAAGACUCGGACUUUGAGAGCAUCGAAUGGGACUUCAGUCCUAGUUCACGGAGGCAUGUUCCAUCGUGGAUACCUGCAUCACCGGUGCCGCCUCGGGUGGAAAUCUUGGACUUUGACGAGGCGAGCCCACGUCGCCGCGAUUCGGAAAUCGGACCCCUGAGGUCGCCGGGCAUGCACCAUUUCGAGACGCUUCCCGCACGACGAAACAAUCACAUGGAGGUCAGUUACGUGGGAGCCAAAGACCUCUACCACGCGACGGCGACAUCGAUCGCAAACUCGACACGGAAGAAGAUGAUAGCAUCACAAGCUGUCGUCGAACCAGCACAGGAACCAAACUUGCCACCGAAGAACAGAAUGAGCUUCGCGACAAAAGUGCUUCAGUCCGGCAGGAAGCGGCCGCCCAUGGGCAUCAACACAAUGCCGCAAUCGCCGUUGUCCAUGGGGCCUCCGACAGAGUCCAGCGGGAGCAAGCAGUCUUUGGGUUCGGGCCAAACGGACAUGCACGCUCACUCAAUGGACGACGACCGUCUCCGGGUGAAGUACUCGGACGCCCUGUCCCGUGUCUUCAGAUGGAGCGGCGAGCACAGGAGGACGGGCGCGGAGGGCAUGUCACCCAUCGACGCACCGCCGCAAACUUCGGAGCCUGGCAGCGGCGCCUCAACGUCCGUGCUGGACUCGCCUUCCAACGGGACGAACAAGACGGGCAGCAGGCUGUCGGUGCAGAUACUAGCGGCGCAGUUCAGACGGACGGCGAAUUCGAUGGUGUUGUCCAAGGAUGAGCGACGCAGGGAGAAUCUGAGGCAAAGCAUCCGGAUGAUACCGGAGGGAAGCACGCUUUAG